UUAAUCCCUAAGAGACUUAGUAGUAGCCUAGCUUUCUAUUACAUCAUAGAUUUAGGUCCGUGGGGAAGAGGAAGAACAGAUUAAAGAACCCCAGCUACAACCUGUUUUCUCUUUUAAGGGCAUUUGCCUUAUGCCCAGAGACAUACCUGUGAAGACAAAUUUCUCCAGCUGAAAAGGGCUUAUUGAGUUCACUGAAGUCACAAAGGUGAAGAAGAAAGAAAGCGACCUGUAGGUGUGUGGAAGGGAUUGGAGGAAAGAGCAUCUGUCACUGCUCUUCGAUGUCUACAACCCAUGUUCCAUGGAUGUCUACAACCCAUGUCCCAUGACAGGAUAUGAUGCUCAAAUUCUGUGCAGCAUUCUGCAUCCUCCAUGAGAAGAAGCCCAGGCUUGUCUGCUGCAGGAUAAGUGAUCACAGGACCAGGCAGCUCCUCUGAGCUGAGAUAUUCCUACAUGAGCCAGUGCCCCCUGACCCGCCAGUCGACUGUUGAUGAAUGAGGAAGCCCAUCAGCUGGCCACAGAGGAACUGACCAGUUGACUACAGAUGUGUCCAUGCUGGACAAGGAGCAUAAGCCUUUAAAGGUAGCAAAAAUAAAAGGAAAUGAAGGCUCCAUGAGGAGUGGGAAUUUCACCAGAGACAGAGGGAAAAUGUGAAGAUGCAGGGAGAACCAGCGAGCAUGGCCUGGAUCAGAUGUAUCCCUUGUCCUCAGAAGAAACCAUCCUUGCUGACAUCUUGUUUUCAGACUUCUAGCUUCCAGAACUAUGAAGGCUUUGUAGGAAGGCUGCUCCACUAAAAUCCAGCUCUGCCUGGUGAGCGACAUCUGGCCAAGCACCGGUGAACAGAAAAAAUGUCCACUCGCUACCACCAAGCUGCUAGUGAUAGCUACCUGGAACUUCUGAAAGAGGCUACCAGGAGAGAUCUGAAUCUUUCUGAUGAAGAUGGCAUGACUCCCACCCUCCUGGCGGCCUACCAUGGGAACUUGGAAGCCUUAGAAAUAAUCUGCAGCAGAGGGGGAGACCCCGAUAGAUGUGACAUCUGGGGAAAUACUCCUCUACAUUAUGCAGCCUCCAAUGGUCACACCCACUGUGUCUCCUUCCUAGUCAACUUUGGUGCCAACAUCUUUGCCCUGGACAACGACUUACAGUCUCCACUGGAUGCAGCUGCCAGCAGAGAGCAGAAAGAAUGUGUUGCUCUCUUGGAUAAGGCUGCCACUGCCCAGAAUGUCAUGAACCCCAAAAAGGUUGCCAGGCUGAAGGAGCAGGCUCAGAAGAAUGCCCGGAGGCAGAUCAAGGAGUGGGAGAGGCUCCAGGAGAAGCACCACAGUAAGAUGGCCCGCACCUACAGCAAGGAGGACUCUGGGGCUCUGUCUUCCGCCAAGGGCACUUACUCCAAAUCGUCCCUUUCAAAUGCUGCUUCUUCCAGUGCAUUUGGGUCACUGUCUAAAGGCAUUAAAGACACCUUUAAAAUAAAGUUCAAGAAAAGUAAAGACACAGCGGAGGAGCUAGGACAAGAGAGAAGUGGGCAGAGGAAUGUGAUGGAAAUGUUCAGAGAAGAGGAGGAGGAGGAAGAGGAUGAAUACUCCAGGGUAUUCAAAGGGAAGCUCCGGCUCUUAGAAGAGGAAGAGGAAGAGGCGGACAGAGAUGCACACCAGGAACCCAUUCUCAACCGUCCAGGUCUGGGAAGUAUCAUUUUUAGAAAGAAUAAAAUAUUAAACCCAGAAGACAUCUCAGAAAGCAAGAGGGAAUUGGGAUUUAAAAUGCCCAGUGAAUUCCUGCAGAUUCAAGGAACAGCAAAGGCCGAUGAAGCUGAGGCUGCUAACGAUGGGGAGGAAAAUGACCUUGCAGAUGACCUGCCCUGGGAUGAGUAUGAAGUAGACUGGGAGGAAGAUGUGGCUGAUGCGACUGCCCUGGAAGUGUUCUUGCAUGCUCAUCACCUGGAAGAAUUCCUGCCCAUUUUCAUGAGAGAGCAGAUUGAUCUCGAAGCAUUGCUGCUUUGCUCUGAUGAGGAUCUUCAAAAUAUACAAAUGCAGCUGGGGCCCAGGAAGAAAGUCCUUAAUGCUGUAAGCAAAAGGAAGCAGGUGAUGCAGUGUCCGGGGCAGCUGAUUGACACCAAACUCUGAUGGAGUGUGGGUCCACAGGGGGAACUGCAGCGGUGGGGCGAUGCUGUGGCCUGCCAGAAGCACUCCAGGCAACACCCCCAUUUCUAGCUGAUGGGGUGAGAUGUGGUUUCUAGGGUUUUGGAGUUGCCUGCCUGAGGAAGAGGCUCAAACUCUGCUCUGAGAAAUACUCUACACCUGGCAAAUAAACCACUAUGGGAAACCCAAGGAGACCCAGAAAUUUAAAAAAUGGUGUUUGAUGUCUUUUUGAUCUUUUUGGAUACAGAACGGGUUCAUUGGAUGACAGGAGGGAAAGCCAUUUUUGCAUUUCUAAUUCUGCACUUAAAAUUAUAAUCUCAUCACACUAGCCUGAAGAUUACUUUCUGAUCCUCAUAGCCUGGGGGUUGUGAUUCCAGUGAUGUUCCUAGGUCUCUGACUUUGCCUGUUGGUGUGGACUAGGGUUCUUCUCUUGGCCUGAGACUUGAUGCCCAGCUUAAAUGUGUCUGGCCCUUCAGCAGAGGUCUACAAGUAAUUAAAAACAAAAAUGGGUCUAUCAUUCUCCUGCCUGGGGACAGAGACAGAGUGGCAGGCAGGGGGAGUGAAGAGAGAAAUAGCAUCUGGGUACCCUACAGAAUUGAGUGUGUCCCCCUUCCUCCCAUUUCCCAUUCACUUGUACUUACCAGAUCUUUAAAGAGAUGACUAAGGUCAAGUGAGGUCAUAAGGGUGGGCCCUAUUUCGAUGUCACUGGUGUCCUUAUAAAGAGGAGAGACACAAGAAGGGGGUCAUCUGCCAGCCGAGGGGGAAACCUCAGGAGAAACCAAAUCUCCCAUCACUUUGAUCUUGGACUUUCAGACUUCAGAACUGA